UAGGCUUUGAGCGGACUUACCUAAGCAUCCUUUGAUUGACUUGCACAUAGGAACCUAACUAAGUACCUAGGGUAGGUCCUUGAGCAGGCCCGUUCUCAUUUCCCUGGACCAGCCCUUUCGUGAACACUCCAGCUCGUUGUCUGCCUCCCUUACUCGUCUAGAACCAUGGCCCGCAACACUCCCCAUCUAUGUGUAUGUCAUUCGAGCUUCGGCGGGUUUCCAUUCAGCCCAAACCCAACAUCUUGCGUUAGUAGGGUCCGGACCAUCUGCGAAAAGCGAGAGGGUAGGAAUCGAGAAGCCUUUUGCCAAGACAGCACUACUGCACUUCUGCUGUGUAACAGACAGGAGUACACAACCGGACUGGGUCGGACUGGACCAACGGAGGUUCCAGCGAAGCCCACGAGUCUAACCACGUCCCGGACGAACGGACCUAACAUUCCCCCGCGCUUCAAUAUCACGGAGGAUCAUAGACAUGAUGCGCAGCCUGACCUUGCUACACUUCCUGGUCAUGUUCCGCAUCUUAUUCCUUCCAUCAGCCUAGACUGUCGGGCUUGUAUGGAGUGGCGGGAAAGGAAGGAACAAAUAAAGAAUAGGUGGAAAAUACAUGCUUCCCGUGCCACCUGACUGCAGCUUUUCGCUUGGCGAUGUUAGUACGCAUCCGAUUCUGAUUUGGCGUGCCAGUUCACAGUUACGAACCAUCUUAACGUUCGAAUUAGUACGUAGUAGCUAGAGCACAAAUGGCGACACAAGUAGCAUGGCUUG